AAUAUCAGGCCACCACCACCCACAAACACAAAUAAGCCAGUUAUAAGGAUGGGUCAAGAGACAUUUGAAGAUAAUAAGAUGAAGAACUAUGGUGAGAGAAAGUUAAAGAGGGCACACAAGAUAGAUGAGGGAGAGGACGACUUUGAAGCUGAUUUCCAAGCAUUCUCUAAGAAGUGCGAUGAGGAGGAUGAGAGCCACUAUAAGUUUAUGGCUCUGCUACCAUUCAAGGAAGGUCUUACUAGUGUCUCAACACCAACAGAAGGGAAAGUUCGACUCGAUUUUCCCAUGAAAGAUGAUGUGAUUAGUCGAGAACCAACCACUACCAAUGAAGGUACCAGUGUAAGGCCAAAGCGCAAGCGCAAGACCCCGUAUAGGGGCAUCCGCCAACGCCCUUGGGGAAAAUGGGCUGCUGAGAUUCGUGAUCCUGCAAAGGGUGUCCGUGUUUGGUUAGGAACAUAUAGAACACCAGAAGAUGCAGCUAGGGCAUAUGAUGCUGAGGCCCGCAAGAUUAGAGGCAAUAAGGCAAAGGUGAAUUUCCCUAAUGAAGGACCACCAAACAUGGUGAGCAAUACACCAAAACUAACUGCUACUGCAAUGACCACAAUGGAUAUUCCAGCAGAGAAAAUGAAUACCGAUGAAUUGGUGUGCCAUACAAACUACUCUAAUGAGGAUAUGUUGUCAAUGGCGAACUUUAGUGGUAACAAUGCUAGCUUAAUUUCUGCUCAAGCUUUUGGCUUACACUAUAUGAAAAAGCCUCGUGUUCCUUAUGACAUCCCAAGCAUGGGUGAGUGUUCAAAUCAAAACAAAAUCACAUAUGGUUCAAGUAAUGGAUUGGGCAUUGAGGCUAGUAGGAACUUGAAUGGAUGCUCUUUCUUACCACAAGUUGGCAUGCCGAUGUUCAUUCAACCUACUUUUGAUGGUCCAUCAAGGAUGAUAGAAAGAAAUGAUGUCGUGAUUUCUCCUACUCUGACUAAUGCCACACCAAUCACUCCAUUGGGUGUGGCUGGUGUUGAUGUUGCAAAAAAGAUGAAUAAGCAUCCUAUUCUCCAAGAGAUGGAAAAUGAAGCUACUCCUAUUUUACAAGGUGAUGUUAGUGAGGACGUGGCGGCUGAGAUUAGUAUGUGGGAGUUUUAUGACCACCUAUUAGAUAAUAAGCAAAAUUGAUGGAUCGUGCCAUGAUGGUCCUUAUGACUUCUAUCUUGUGGAUACCAGCAAGUGGUUCAAAGCAUGCAUGUUGGGGAUGUAGUCACAAAAGGCUUAUGUGUGUUAUGACAUAAUGUUUUCUAUGCCUUCUAUUGUGUAUCAGUUUGGACUAUUUAUUUAUGCUUUGUUGUAAGCUCUGGCUAGUACUGGUAAUGGAACUUAAUUGAUCUUGCGUGUAUCAUUGUAAUGUAAUGAUAAUUUUCAGGCUUUACUAAGACAUAAUUAAUUGUAACAUUUGAAUA